CAGAAAGCCAUUGAUUUGGUGACGAAGGCUACAGAAGAAGAUAAAAACAAGAACUAUGAAGAAGCUUUGAGACUUUACGAACAUUCUGUGGAAUAUUUUCUUCAUGCUAUUAAAUAUGAAGCACAAAGUGAUAAGGCUAAGGAAAGUAUCCGAGCUAAAUGUGUCCAGUAUCUAGAUAGAGCUGAAAAAUUAAAAGGUUUUCUGAAG